AUGACGAAAUCGCUUGAGCCGCCGUUCUUCGUCCGCCUCCUCAAUCGCUUCUUUCGACAAUGCGGCUAUUUUGUGGCCGACAACGACAAAAAAGUUUUGGCGGUCACCCUACUCAUCACCGCAUUUUGUUCAUCGAAAAUAUGUUUCACGCCGCAAGAGGACGACAUCAAGACAGGUUAUACACCAUUUGGCGCCAGGUCCCUUGAUGAAAUCGACGUCUUCUCCGACUUCUUCGCCUCGUCCGGCGACCCGAUCGCCGUCUUCAUUUUCAUCACCGCCAAUGAUAACUCGUCGAUGGCCGAGUAUGACGCGAUGAAAGAGCUCGUCGAGAUUCUAGACAUCGUCGGCAGCAAUUUGACAUAUAAGGGAAAAUCGUUCUAUCAGAUUUGCACCGAUUUUUGUCAGAUUAAUGAGCCUGUUAGGCAGUACUAUAAUGGACUAGCCAUGAGCAAUCAGAAUCUCUCGAUCGGAUCGUCUCGAUUUCAGCUCACGUUUCCGAUGAUGCAGGUUCUCGGAAAGGAGCUCGAUUUGAGUCCCUACUUCUUCGGAGUUCGCACCAAUUCGGCCGGCGAAGUUGAAUACGUGAAAAUUGUGAUGCUGCAAGUUCGAGCCAACGUGCCCGACGGUUGGACGAAAGAGGACGCGGCCGCUUAUGAGCGAAUGAUCAGCCACUAUUUCCAUGAUGAAUACAACUCGACGCAUGUCAAACCAUUGGCGAUGAGCUUGACGUACACCGGUGACGAGAUUGUGCGCACCGGGCUCACACUGUUCCCAUACCUUGGCGUCGGCUUCACCAUCAUGUCCGUCUUCUCGGUCGUCACCAUUUACUACAGCAGCAGACGAAUGGAUCAAUGGAACUACCACAAAAUCGUUGAGGCGGUUUUGGGAUGCGUGUGCCCGCUGCUCGCCACCUCGUCGGCACUGGGCACCCUAUUCUGGUUCGGUUUCCGAUUCGGCACCAUUCUAUGCGUCACCCCGUUUUUGAUAUUGGCGAUUGGUGUUGACGACGCCUAUCUUCAAAUUCAUAGUUGUAUGCGAUUGACGGUGGAGGAUGGCAGUAUGACGAAGAGGGAGAAAAUCUCGCGGAUGCUCGUCGAAGUCGGACCAUCGAUUGCGAUCACCUCAUUGACGAACCUUCUCGCGUUUCUCGUCGGCAUCUACACCCCAACACCGGAAAUUUCGCUAUUCUGCGCCGGAAACGCGGUCGCGAUUCUAUUCGACUUCAUCUAUCAGUUGACGAUGUUCACAGCGAUACUGUCGGUGUGCACGAACGAGGAGAUGCGCAAGAAUGCGGCGAAACGCAAAGUCUCCGAUUUGACGUUUAGAAAUGAGACGUUCACUCGCCUCCUUGAUAGCUAUUGCGAUUGGGUCGCCAACGCCUACACCCAUCUUCUCCUCCUCUUCUGCUUCAUUGUCUAUCUGAUCGUGUCGAUUCGCGGUGCGCUCAGCAUCAAUAUCAUAUUGUCGCCGGAUAAAUUGGUCAUCGGCGACUCGCCGCUCCUUCAAGUCAAUUAUUUGAGGGAUGAGUUCGUGCUGCCCAACUACACCACUGUCAACAUUUUUGUGCAGAAUCCAGGAGAUUUGUCGAACAAAUCGCAACUGGAAUAUAUGAAUUCGCUUUUCGACGCGUUUGAAAGCUAUCCGGAAUGCCUUGGAAGACGAUUUAGUCAUUAUUUCAUGAGAGAUUACGAAUCAUUUUUGGAGGCGAGUCGAGAGGAAAUUGAGAUGAUGGAGGAGGAUGAGGAUGAUAGCGCGUCCGCGCAGAAUCAGACCGCCGUCGUGCCGUUCUCCAAGGAAGCGAUGAAGGAAUUCCUCGAGUGGCCUGAAUUCCAAUACUGGAACGGGUUUGUCAAAUUCGAUGAGGCGGGAAAUCUGUCGAGAUUCUGGGCGACGGUUUCCUAUCACGGCGAUCGUCUAGGCGACUUCCAGAUACGACGGAAUCUUUUGAAUCGCUGGCGAGCCACCGCCGACGCCUACGCGUCAUUGAAUGUUUCGAUUUUCGAUGACUAUGCGCCAUUUGUGGAUCAGCUCGAAACCAUUCUACCGGCGACAAUUUCGACGUCGAUUUGCACACUUGUGUGCAUGAUGAUCGUGUGCUUCAUUUUUAUGUACAAUCUGUUCACCGUGUUUGUCGCAACACUCGCGAUCACCUCGAUUUGCAUAGGCGUUUUCGGUUUUCUCUCGAUGUGGGGAAUCGAUCUCGAUCCGAUCUCGAUGGCGUGCACGAUAAUGAGCAUCGGAUUCUCGGUGGACUUUCCGGCGCACAUCACGUUCCAUUACUUCCGCGAGGGUCUUCACGAUCCGCAAGCGACACCGGCGAAACGGGUGGCGAUGUCCCUUGCCGCCAUCGGCUUCCCGCUUCUUCAAUGCGGAAUCUCGACGAUUCUGUUCGUCAUGUGUCUGCUGUUCGUGCCGACGUACAUGGGCGAAGUGUUCGUGAAGACGAUGAUCCUUGUGGUGACGCUAGGCCUCGUCCAUGGACUGUUCAUCGUGCCGGCAUUUUUGUGCGCGUUCACCGCCAUCCACCAAGCGUUCUCAUCGUCGGCAAGUGUGGCGCACUCACAGUCGUUCUCAUCGCUGGCGAAGUUGUUCUCGUGGCGAAUAUCGCCGUCGGCGAGCGACAACAAGAUAUCGGCGUGA